CCACAAUCCUGUCUCGGCGCAUGCGCUUUAAGCACUACGGCCCAAAGGCGUUGGUGAUCGGUGUCCGUCCGAAGAUGCGUUACACUCCGGCAGCAUCAGUACCAGUUCCGCCGUGCUAAAACACCACAAACCGGGGGACGGCGGGGGAAUACGGUCGGUGUUUGCGGCUGUAGCGGCGCCGGUGCAUCUGGACUGGAGGAUGGGAGACCAGAAGGAGUCUCUGCGUAAGAUCACUCACACGCUGGCCGUGAAGAACGAGGAGAUCUCCAACUUCAUCUGCACUCUCAAACAGAGCCUGGAGAACUUGGAGGUGAACUCCAACCGGGUGCAGGAUGAUCUGCAGUCCGAAUUCGGCUCCCUACACGCUGCUCUGGAUGAGAUGAAGGAGAACAUGCUGACGCGGAUCAAGCAGGAAAGAGCCAGCCGCACAUAUGAGCUGCAGAAUCAGCUGAGCGCCUGCUCCAAAGCCCUGGAGAGCUCGGAGGAGCUGCUGGAGCUGGCCAAUCAGACGCUGUGCUCCUCGGAGACGGACGGAUUCACCCAGGCGGCCAAAGACAUUAAGGAUAGCGUGACGAUGGCCCCGGCUUUCCGUCUCUCCCUGAAGGCAAAAGCCAGCGACAACAUGAGUCACCUGAUGGUGGACUUCAGCCAGGAGAGGGAGAUGCUGCAGGGGCUCAAGUUUCUCCCAGUUCCCGCCACUCCAGAGAUCCAGGUGUCAGAGUGCCAAGUGUGUGACAACACCGUCACCAUCGUCUGGACCCUGCCGGAACCCGACAACAAGAUAGAGCACUACAUCCUGGAGCACCGCCGGACGAACCACGAGGGCCCGCCGCGUAUCAGAGAGGAUUACCCCUGGAUGGUGGUGGAGGGGAUCCGGGAGACAGAGCACACGCUCACAGGCCUGCGCUUCGACACCCGCUACAUGACGUUCAGAGUGAGGGCGUGCAACAAGGCCGUGGCCGGAGAGUUCUCUGAGCCAGUCACAAUAGAAACCCACGCAUUCACCUUCAAACUGGACUCCAGCUCGGCCCACCAGAACCUGAAGGUGGACGACCUGAGCGUGGACUGGGACAGCAGCGGAGGAAAGGUGCAGGAAAUCCGCAAAGAGAAGAACAGGACCAACUCCCCUCUGCACUCCCCCGCCAGGUUUGUGUCGGCGCUGAUGUCUCCCAAGAGGGCGCCGACAGCGCGGCCGGGCAGAGACAGGUUCACCGCGGAGUCCUACACCGUGCUGGCCGACACCAUGAUCGACGCUGGCCAGCAGUACUGGGAGGUGAAGCUGGACAGGGAGAGCAAGGCGUUCGCCGUCGGCAUCGCUCUGCGGAGCCUGGGCAGGUUCGACCAGCUGGGGAAGAGCAGCGCUUCCUGGUGCAUCCACCUGAACAACUGGCUGCAGCAGAGCCUCACCGCCAAGCACAACAACAAGGCGCGCACCCUCGACUGCCCCAUCCCGAACACUAUAGGAGUCUACGUCAACUACGACGAAGGUGUUCUGUCGUUCUACAACGCUAAAACCAAGCAGCUGAUGCACACUUUUAGAACAAAGUUCCAGCAGCCCGUCAUCCCAGCUUUCAUGGUGUGGAACGGGAGUUUCUCUGUGGUGACAGGCCUGCAGGUUCCCAGUGCGGUCCAGAGCGGCCAGAGGAAGAACAGCGGCACCAGCAGCUCCAACGCCAGCCUCACCUAGACGCCGCCGCCACCGCCCUCGGCUCCACCCGGCUUCAGUCACCGCUGCAGGUCGAAUCCUCUGCACCGACUGCAGGCGGAGACGCACACAGCAGAACAGCUACACCACUUAAUCUCAGCCGUUUCUGCCUUGCAUGGAGGCAAAAUUAGAUUUUUUUUAAAUUUUGUUUCAAUUUUUUAGGGGAGCAAACAGGCGAUCCGAGUGACAGAAUCUGCCGGCUGGUCGCUAUGCUUUGGACUCAUUAGGCCCAAGUCUGAGUAGUCAGUCUCGCUGCAUAUUCAUCCAGUUGCUAGGGCGGCAAUUUUUAGCGCUGGCCGCUGCUUCCUCAGCUUCACCUGAACGGUCAGCUGUGCCGUCGGCUGCAGCUUCAUGAGUCAUGCUCCGUCCCCGUGCCUUCCUCCUCAGGCCACACCAAACAUGUGCAGCCCCCCCCUCAGCCCCCUCUACAUACCUGCUUGUUUUGUUUUAACGUCCUGCUCUGCGCCAGCUUCAGUAUGAGGAGGUCAUAACUUUGUUGACUCAUCAGUAAACCAGUCCGACAUAAACAAUGUCCAACACUUAAGCAGCUCAGCACUGAACUGGAUUAUUUAACUGUAUUGUGACGAGAUGUUUGACUUCUUGCCAAGGGACGCUACUCAUCAGUAUUUACAGUUACAAAUGAUAGUCAUAUGUUAUUUAAUGUAGGUCUUGAGCUUCCUGUUAAAACUUUCCGACGCUAACAUUAAAGCCACGACACGUC